GCCCCUCGGCCCCGGAAGGAGGCGUCACCCGGAGCAACCGCAACGACCGGCUGAGUUUGGCGGCGGGAAAAGCCAUGAGUAAAGGCCGGGCAGAAGCUGCGGCGGGAGCCGCCGGGAUCCUUCUGAGGUACCUGCAGGAGCAGAACCGGCCCUACAGCGCCCAGGACGUGUUCGGGAAUUUGCAGCGGGAACACGGACUGGGCAAAGCGGCGGUGGUGAAGGCGCUGGAACAGCUGGCCCAACAAGGCAAGAUCAAAGAGAAGAUGUAUGGCAAGCAGAAGAUCUACUUUGCCGAUCAGGAACAGUUUGAUAUGGUGAGUGAUGCUGACCUCCAAUGCUUGGAUGCCAAAAUCGUGGACCUCACUGCUAAGGGUGGAUCUACUGGGAAAGAUAGACUUCCCUCCUCAGGGGUAGCAAGUGACCCCCCGGAGGGGCAUAUGGUUUCAGAGCUGAAGGAGUUAGCUAGUGCCCUGACCACACCAGAAAUGCAGAAAGAGAUUGAAGAGUUAAAGAAGGAGUGUGCUGUAUACACAGAGAGAUUGAAGAAUAUCAAAGCAGCUACCAACCAUGUGACCCCAGAAGAGAAAGAGCAGGUAUACAAAGAGAGGCAGAAGUACUGUAAGGAAUGGAGGAAGCGGAAGAGGAUGGCAACAGAGCUGUCUGAUGCAAUCCUUGAAGGAUAUCCCAAGAGCAAGCAGCAGUUCUUUGAGGAAGUUGGGAUAGAGACAGAUGAAGAUUACAACGUCAAGCUCCCAGACCCCUGAGGCCCUCUGUUGGGACUGGGGCAUGGAAACAAAGAUGUUCUGGACUGGCUGCCUUGUUUAGGUUGGCUUUUGUUAUGGUUGUUAUUGUGCCUGCUGCUUUCCACCUUUGAACAGAACACUCAGGUAAACUGGAGUAUUGGGCGGAGGGAGUGUAGGCUGGUGGCCAAGAGUGGGUGAUCAUGCUCAUUUCAUUGUCCAUGUUGCACUGGUUUGCACUUAAGACUUAGACUUGGAACAGUGGCAAAGGAAAGCAUUUGGCAUUAUUUAUUGUAAUAUAAUUUGAUAUAAAAAUAUUUAAUUUCCUCUGGAUAGUCAAACCUCUCAGAUAUCAAACCUGAGGCAGGCAGAAAGGAACCUGAGGGAUGAGGGUACAGAGAAGCUGCUAUACACCAGCAUUUUGAGGAGCCCAGGGUUCACCCAGGACUCUCUUGGGCUUGUAACCCAGGAGACCAUUUGAGUAUCCUCCAUACCCCAAGUCCUGGGAGAAAUACAGGCAACACUGAGAGAUGAUAGAGGCCCAGUUAAUUUUCCAAAAUUAUAGUUUUAACAAAGUUGCAUUGUUGGUGUUUAGAAAAAUAAAAAAUUUGCAAAUAUGUAA